AUGGAGUUGAAUGAGGGCAGUGAGGGAGAAAGCAGUGAGGGAGAGUCUUCAGAGUCAGAGGCAGAAGAGUCUUUAGAGUCAGAAGCAGAAGUGACAGGACAAGAGGAAAUUGAAGAACUUUGUGCAGCUGCAACAAAGGUAAAAAAUCUCAACUUGCUCAAGCGGAAGAGCAUUCCAGCAGUGCUAAAAUGGAAGGGAAGCCUUCCCUCCGCCACUGAACUCAAACAGCCAGUGGAGUAUUUUCGCAGCCUUCUGAAGAAGACUUUAACGAAAGAGAUUGUGGAACAAAGCAAAAUCUAUGCUUCCCAAUACAACAUCAACAAGCCACUAAACCUGACCUAUGAUGAAUUGGAGCAAUUCAUAGGCAUAUGUUUCCAUAUGUCCGUGCAUAGUCUGCCAGGAACCCGCAUGUACUGGGCAAGAAGCACCAGGAAAAUGAAUACAGCAAUAUUUUAUGGAAAGGGCAAUAGGAAGAGUGCAGAGUUAGCUCUUCCAUGUGAUGAGAGUGAGGAUGAGUUAGCCUUCAGUGACUGUGACGAGAUGGAGUUGAAUGAGGGCAGUGAGGGAGAAAGCAGUGAGGGAGAGUCUUCAGAGUCAGAGGCAGAAGAGUCUUUAGAGUCAGAAGCAGAAGUGACAGGACAAGAGGAAAUUGAAGAACUUUGUGCAGCUGCAACAAAGGUAAAAAAUCUCAACUUGCUCAAGCGGAAGAGCAUUCCAGCAGUGCUAAAAUGGAAGGGAAGCCUUCCCUCCGCCACUGAACUCAAACAGCCAGUGGAGUAUUUUCGCAGCCUUCUGAAGAAGACUUUAACGAAAGAGAUUGUGGAACAAAGCAAAAUCUAUGCUUCCCAAUACAACAUCAACAAGCCACUAAACCUGACCUAUGAUGAAUUGGAGCAAUUCAUAGAACUUUACAUCAAUGAUUUUCACCAGACGUGGUCGGGUGAAUAUGACUUGCUGGAAGAUGUUCACUCCUACAUUCAAUGGUUGUUUCCAAUACAAGAGCCGGGGGUGAAUUGGAGAGCACAUGUGCUCUCAAAAAAGGAAAUAAAGCUUUUCCGUAAAGAUAAAGAAGCAAAGAGCAAAUUGGUGCAAUCAUAUAAGCUCAUGUUGGAUUUCUACGGCAUAUGUUUGGUCGAUGAAUCAACAGGAGAGGUGGCUCGUGCUCCUAACUGGAAGGACCGCUUUAGAAACCUGAACAGACAUACACAUAACAACUUGCGCAUCACACGCAUCCUGAAGUGUUUGGGGACUCUAGGAUUGAAGCACUACCAGGCCCCUCUGGUCAAGUUUUUCCUCAAUGAAAUUCUUGUCAUGGGACAGCUUCAAAAUGUGAAGCAAAGUGCACUAGAUUACUUUAUGUUUGCUGUAUUGGACAAGUCAGAGAGAAGAGAGCUAGUUAAAUUUGCCUUUAAGCAUUUCAAGCCCCGAGAACCCUUUGUCUGGGGCCCAAGGAAGAUUCUGUCAGGUCAGGUGGCGCAAUGCAAAAACAAAAACUUGGACCAGCCAACAGAGAAUAAUAGUAGUAGUGCAGAAGAUCAGCAGAAAAUGGUGAAUCCCCAUGAGAGCAAACAUAAAAUGAACAAAAUAGAUGCCAGUCAUCCUCCUAAAGAGAUGCAAAGUAAAAAAUAUCACCAAAAUAAAGAUGAGCCAGUUAUUCCAAACAAAUUGACAGAAACAAAUAGUGAAAAUGAAAAUGAGGGUGUAGUAAAAAAAAAAAAUCAAGAUAUGAGUGUUGGGGUCAGUGAUGGUGAUGAUGAUGAAAACUUAGCACCAGCAAACAAGUCUCAUGGUCAUGGUGCUGUUAGUGGUUCUCACCAAACUGAAGAGAAGAGAAAAAAAGAUCAACAAAAUAAGGAUGAGCCAGUUAUUCCAAACAAAUUGACAGAAACAAAUCAGUGGGCAAAUAAGAGCAGACAGUGCAGCUCAGACAAUGGAGAUGUAGUAAAGCGAAAUCAUGAAAUGAGUGUUGGUGUUGGUGAUUGUGUUGGUGUUAGUGAUAAUAGCGAAAACAUAGCACCAGCUAGCAAGUCUCAUGGUCAUGAUGCUUUUUGUGGUUCUCACCAAACUAAAGAGGGGCCUUCAUGUCAAGUGCAUGACGUAGAAAUGAAAGAUGAAACUGAAGAUAAAGACUCAGAAGAUAACCACAAAAUGUUGAAUCCCCAUGAGAGCAAACAUGAAAUUGAAAAAAUAGAGGCUAGUCUUUCUCCUGAAGAGAUGAAAAGUAAAAAAGAUCACCAAAAUAAGAAUGAGCCAGUUAUUCCAAACAAAUUGACUGAAACAAAUAGUGAUCAGGAGAGCAGACAGUGCAGCUCAGACAAUGGAGAUGUAGUAAAGCAAAAUCAUGAAAUGAGUGUUGGUGAUGGUGUUGGUGUUGGUGUUAGUGAUAAUAACGAAAACAUAGCACCAGCUAGCAAGUCUCAUGGUUAUGAUGCUUUUUGUGGUUCUCACCAAACUAAAGAGGGGCCUUGAUGUCAAGUGCAUGACGUAGAAAUGAAAGAUGAAACUGAAGAUAAAGACUCAGAAGAUAACCACAAAAUGUUGAAUCCCCAUGAGAGCAAACAUGAAAUUGAAAAAAUAGAGGCUAGUCUUUCUCCUGAAGAGAUGAAAAGUAAAAAAGAUCACCAAAAUAAGAAUGAGCCAGUUAUUCCAAACAAAUUGACUGAAACAAAUAGUGUCAGUGUUAGUGACGAUAAUGAGAAAACAGCACCAGCAAACAUGUCUCAUGGUCAUGAUGCUGCUAGUGGUUCUCACCAAACUAAAGAGGGGUCUUCAUGUCAGGUUCAUAAUGUAGAAAUAAAGGAUUCAACUGAAAAUAAACAUGAAAAAUCUGAAAAUGAGCAGUAAAGGGUGAAGCCAGUUAGUCCAAACAAAUUGACAGCAAAAAAUAUGACUUAUUAGGGAGCAAAUGAGCAGUCAGUGCAGCUCAGAAAAUGAAAGCGUAGUAAAGCAACAUCAAGAGAUGAGUGAUUGUGAUGAUAUCGAUUACAUAACACCAGCAAACAUGUCUCAUGGGGAUGAAAUGAUGGUCUUCUUCACCAGUUUAAAGAAGGGGCUUUUUCUGACAUCUGCCAUAAAAAUGAGGGUGAUUAAUGAAACGUAAUAGGAAAAUUAACAAGCACUGUAAAUGCUAGUCUUAUGAGUUUUCAUAUUUGUUUUUCUAAAUUAAUUCACAGAAAAUAUAUUGGAAUGUUCUUUAUGAAUUAAGUUAAAGUGCUAUUCUUAAAGAUGAAUGUUUUUUUGCUUGUUUAGCAGAUUGUCAGAAGGAAAAAGAAAUGGCAUCAUAAAAGUACAUUUGUCUGUCAUUUUUGUGUAGGAAAUGUAAUAUUAUAUUGAUGUUUUUUUUCUUAUCUUGAUUUUUUAUGGAUUGUAGUGAUGAAUUGUUAAUGUACUGAUAAAUUGUUAACUGCUAAAAAAGUAAAUGUAAACUCUUCACUGACAAAACAUCUUUGACUAAAGCCUGACUGCUUUACAGGAAAUGAAGUAGUGAAAUUGUGAUGAAGCAAAGUUGCACUAUGAAAAUUAGCACCAGUAAAUGUUAGAUAUGUGAGUUUUAUGAUUUUGUCUACUCUGAUGAAUUAUUUUUGGAGAACACUGGAAAUUUCUUUAUGCCUGAAGUUGACGUGUGAGUUUUGAAAAGUUCAAUAUUUAAUCAUGUAAUUUAGCUAAUAAAAUAAAAUGCUUAAAUAAAGCCUGUUAUAAA